GAUUAAUUAUCAGCUUAUGAAAUAUCUUGAGGAACGAAAGCUUCUUAAUGACCGGCAAUACGGAUUUCGUAGCAAUAAGUCCACUGGUGAUCUCAUGGUUCAUCUCACCGAACAGUGGAACAAAUAUUUACAUCAUUUUGGAGAAAAUAAGAUUAUUGCACUUGAUAUUUCAAAGGCAUUUGAUAAAGUCUGUCAUCCUGCUCUUUAAUCGAAUUUGCGUCAUUUUGGUAUUAACGAACCUCUUCUUUGUUGGAUUAGAAAUUUUCUUUCGAACCGUUCAAUAGAAGUUGUAUUGGACGGAUUCAAGUCUGAAACCCAUAAUAUAAAUGCUGGUAUGCCCAAAGCACCGUUUUGCCUCCGACCCUUUUCCUCAUUUUUAUAAAUGAUCUCCUGUGUGCUACUUCUAAUCCAAUAUACGUAAAAAAUUUUCUAAAAAUUGGUUCAGCAUUUUCAUAAUUUUAUAUUUAUGGAUUAUUUUCAGUCUGGCCGAACUCGACGCCAAUAAAAUCAUUUUAUAUAAUUUGAAUUGUUUACACUGUCUUAAAAUGAAAAAUAAAAUGUACAUACAUACGUAUACAAAAAAUAACUUAUUUGUUUUAAUUUCUUUAAAUCAAACAUCACUCAUAAAAUGUGGAAUCAAAAGAAUAAAAGACGGAAUCGAUUUUUACAAAUGCAGCUGCCUAGUUAUAACGUAGAUAUAUUAAAUGAAGUAACCCAAAUUGAGUUUAUGAACAUAUUUGAUGUAAGCAAAUUUGAUGAUUGUUACAAAAAUAUCCAACCAGUGAAAUCAAAAAUACGAAAAGAUGGUAUAUCAAAUUUGUCUUUUGGGUCUUGGGGAUUACACAAAAUUAUCAAAGAGAUUUCGAGCGAUGAGUCUCAUAUUCAAAUGUCUGCUAUGAACACGCUUUCCCAAUUGUUGCUAGAUAAUUUAGAGUUAAAUAGAUCCAUUUACCAAUUUGAUAUUGUGUUAAGGCUUCAAAAUCUUUUACUGAGGCGACGAAUUCAAAAAAAAAAGUGCCAGAGACUUGUUCCUGUUAUUCUUCGAUGCUUUGUCAUUUUAAGCGGCUCCUUGCAAGCCUCACUUCAAAUGGCAAAAAGACGCAAUCUUAUAAAUGAGCUUUUUAAAAUGGUCACAACUGAGGACAAUAACCUAAUGGCUUCUUGUAUUUUGGCAAAUCUGGUGCAGCAUCCUCAAAUUGUCGAUUACUUCAUUCACGAGACGAGUUUGUAUACUGACUUAUGCGAAUAUCUUAAAAAGAACUUCAUAACUUUGGCGGAUUUUAACUUAUGCAACCACUUCCUUGAAAUUUAUCCACAACUGGCUAUUGAUCGAGGAUUCUUUGAGUUUAUAAUUCAUGAGAUUCCGUACAGACAUACAAAUCAAGACAUUCUCAUCAAAUCUCUGGCUUUCCUUUUAAACUGCAGCGAGGGACAGGAUAAAUUUGAAAAGUCCAAUGGAAUUUAUAUACUACAUGAACUCUUAUUGGACGACCAGUUAGAAACGCAUGAAACUGUAGCACAUGCCUUACAAAAUGCCACAGCUGGAAGUAAGAUCAUACUCUGGAAAUGCAGAGAACUGUGGAAUUUGCCAAACGCACUCAUACAACGAGCCCAUGUCAAAAAUAAUGAUUUUCAACAACUUUAUUGCUUACAGACUCUUCGACAAAUAAGUCCAUUGGUUAAAAAAUACAUUCGAAGUGCUUGUUUUCCACAGAUACAAAGUAUUCAAAGCAACAAUGAAAAUGUAAUAAGAGUAAAAGGAGAACUUUUGAAGUGGUUAAAAAGCGAUGAAAUUAAUAAUUGACUUAUUGAGAUUUCAGUUUUGGUUUAAAUAUAGAAUUUGAAUUGGAAUUUUGUUAUUUAUUU